AUGGAGGAUGUUUUCGCUAUUGGGUCUAAUGGAUCUGGGCAACUUGGUAUUGGGCAUGAAGAGGAUGUAUCCGUUCCGAAGCAGGUUCAUUUCCAACCGGCGCCUCUGGGCUCCCGUAUAAUGAAAAUUGCCGCUGGCGGUAACCACACUCUUCUCUUGGAUGAGUCUGGUGGCCUAUUCUGGAGUGGUGACCCGUCUGCUGGAGCUUGCGGAAUCUCAAGCAACGACUCGAAGAUUGCGGUCUUUCGGCCAGUUCGCCUGGUCCAUAGCGGACACGAUGACAUCAGAGGAACUCCUGUCCUCAUCGCCGCAACAUGGGAGGCCUCAUUUAUUGUUUCCCGCGAUGAUACCGGGAGAAGCACCAAACUCUUCAGUUUCGGGACCGGCAUGAAAGGCGAGCUUGGUGCAGGAGAACUGAUUGUUCGAACGCCCACAGCUACUCAACUACAAGACUUUCCUCCACCAGGGACAGAAAUUAUUGACUUGGCGGCAUGUAUGGGACAUGUUGUCGCAGUGCUCGAUAAUGGCGAUGCCUAUGGCUGGGGCAAUUGUCGGAAAUCACAAGUGGGAGCACCCGCCGGCGUCAUCUACAAGCCUCGGAGGGUAGCUGAUAUCGGAUUCGGCGUACAUCGCGCGGUUUGUACCAAGGAGGCGACAUGUUUCUUUGGGGCCCCAAACAGUGGGCAGGUUCGCAUAUUAGGGUCGGACAAGUGGGGGAUUGUCUCCAAGAGUCCCCGUGUAACAUCUUCAUGGUCAGAUAUUGGGGCAGGCUGGGGAGCCGUCUAUAUAUUGAAUCGAGACGGAACUCUGCAAGCGUGGGGGAGAGAUGAUCAUGGUCAACUACCACCACCCAAUCUACCUCGUCUGGAGCAAAUUGCCAUUGGCAGUGAGCAUGUUGUGGCUCUGUCACAAGAUGGCGAUGUGCUUUCAUGGGGUUGGGGCGAACAUGGGAAUUGUGGCCCACGGGUGGAAAACAACGACGUCAAAGGCCGUUGGAAUGUGAUUGCAUCCUCGAAAUUUAUACCUGCGGAUUCUCGGAUUACUAGGAUUGGUGCGGGCUGUGCUACCAGCUGGAUAUGCAUAGGACGAGUUUGA